UAAAUGCAAUCAGAAAGUAAAUAAACGAUUAGGUUAUCAAAAAGUUUGGAGAUUCGCCAGUAGUCGAUUACUGCCAUGGAGGAGAGAACCAUUCUGGUGACGGGCUUUGGUCUGUUCAACACUUACAAAGUUAACGCGAGUUGGGAAGCUGUAAAAUUAUUGAACGACCGCAAAUUCCCCGGUUACAAGCUUAUAACAGUCGAAGUCCCGGUGACCUACAAAUAUAUAGAAGAGAACAUUGAUCUGCUAUGGAGUAAAUACAAACCUAGUCUUGUCAUACACGUAGGAGUUUGCCACAGAAGAUGGAUCACCUUGGAACAUUGCGCUAAUCGUUUAGGUUAUGUGAAAACUGAUAGUGAGGAUUGUUGUCACCCGACGCAGAAGGUGUGCGAAAUUGGAGAAGAUUGCAUCCGAACAGGUAUAAAUAUUGAAGCAAUAUGCGCAUCACUUGAAAAACAUGAUAUUAAAAUCGGUGUAUCAAAGGAUGCAGGAAGAUACCUGUGCGAGUACAUCUACUACAAGUCACUGAAUAUCGAUUCUUCCAAGACGUUAUUUGUUCAUGUUCCUUCAUUGAACGAACCCUAUACUGCUGAACAGCUAUCAGAAUCCCUCCAUAAAAUAAUCAUGGAAGCCCUGAAACAAGUAAAUUCUUAAAAAAACGAUAUGCACUACUAGUAUCAAAUAUUAUUGAAUGUAAUUUAAUAUACGAGUUUCGUGAAUUGUGGUGUAGGGUAAAUGAUAUAUUGUAGCACAUACCAAAUAAAUAUACCAAUUGUAUGGUAUAAGCCUUAAAA